CGUCAGCGACUUUCAGCACCGGGAGCGCGUCGCCAUGCACUACCAGAUGAGUGUGACCCUCAAGUAUGAAAUCAAGAAGCUGAUCUACGUUCAUCUGGUCCUAUGGCUGCUGCUGGUUGCCAAGAUGAGCGUGGGACACCUGAGGCUGUUGUCAAAUGAUCAGGUGGCCAUGCCCUAUCAGUGGGAGUACCCAUAUUUGCUGAGUAUUGUGCCCUCCCUCUUGGGUCUCCUCUCCUUCCCCCGCAACAACAUUAGCUACCUGGUGCUCUCCAUGAUCAGCAUGGGGCUCUUUUCCAUCGCCCCCCUCAUUUACGGCAGCAUGGAGAUGUUCCCUGCCGCACAGCAGCUCUGUCACCACGGCAAGGCCUACCGCUUCCUCUUUGGGUUUUCUGCCGUCUCCGCCAUGUACCUGGUGUUGGUGCUGGCAGUUCAAGUGCAUGCCUGGCAGUUACACUACAGCAAGAAGCUCCUAGACUCUUGGUUCACCAGCACACAGGAGAAGAAGCGGAAAUGAAGGCUGCCGGAUGGACUGAUCCCUGGGGUGAAGCCUAGCCCUCCCGUGGAGAAGAGUGAGAGGGUAGAAGAGCUGUUCUAAAAUCUCCGUUGUCAUUUUGGCAGCUGUGGUGUUGGCAACUGGUGCAAACUAGGCUCAGAUUCUGGAAAGCUGCUACUGUUGUCAUUAGCUGAGGUGGCAAAAUGAUAUUUAACUUAUUCCUGGUUGGCUGGAACUGGGUGAAGAACAGCAGUAAAACAAACUUCGGCUGGUUUAAGUUGAAGCCCUUCAGGAUUUUUCUGUUUUAAGACCGACCCUCAUCCUUGCCUCUUAGUCAUUCUCUCCAUUUCCAUCCAUUACCCCUUAGCCACUGAAACUGGAGAUGAGGAAUCAACCAAAUUCUACUUCCAUUUAUGGGUGGUUGGAAGGAAACAUUGGGAGGCUGCUUUCCCUGCAGACUGUGGUCUCUACUCUGAAGCAUUUUAAUUACAAAGAACCUCAAUAAAGUUAUAACUGCCCUGUCUA